CAACAACAACAACAACAACAACAACAGUGAAUCAUAAAGAAAAUAAAAAAAGACUUAAUUGGAAUAUUAAAUAAUUCAUUAUAUAUAUAACAUUUACUCAUUAUGAUUGUUUAUUAUUUAAUACUACUGAUAAUUUAAAUAAGUAUUAUAACAAAUUAAUAAAACAUUUCAGAAUUAUCCUACUCAUCAUCAUCAUUAUCAUCAUUAUAAAGAAAAGAAAAUAAUAAAAUAUAAUUGGAAAUAGAUUAGAUAAUAUGAAAAAAGAAAAUAAAAAUAAAAAAGAUUUCCUAUAUGAAUCUUAUUCAAUAUCAACUGAAAUCACAUUUUUAAUCAAAUAUAUUAUUUCAUUACGUCAAUAUAUACUACUUUAUUAUUUAAUUAUUAUUAUAACAUGGUUAGAUCAUGUUAAAGCUAAAUCUACAUAUAAAACAUUCAUAUAUACUACUGAUAAACUGUCAUCUAUACAACAAACUACUACUACUACUAAUAAUAAUAAUAAUUGGAAUUUAAUCAAUAUUAAUCAGGAACCAUGGGAACCACUUAAGAAACCCAUGGAAACUAAAAUUGAAAAAUUACAUAAUCAUAAUAAUAAACAUAAUGAAUGGAAUCAUUUAAAAUUACAAUAUCAGUCAUAUAAAUUAUAUUUAUUAAAUAAUGAUGGAGCUAAAUGUAAUGAUGGUUCAUCAGCGGGUUAUUAUUAUCGUCCAGCAAAAUAUAAAACAGUAAAUAGAUGGUUAAUAUUUCUUGAAGGUGGUUGGUAUUGUUUUGAUGAAGAAACUUGUAUUCUACGUGAAUCUAAUGCAUUUUCUUUAUUCUCAUCAAAAUUUUGGCCAAAAACUCGAACACUUGGUGGAAUACUUUCAUCAGAUUCAAAUGCAAAUCCAAAUUAUCAUGAAUUUCAUAGUGUUUUCAUUCCAUAUUGUUCAAGUGAUUUAUGGACUGGGAAAAUGGCUAAUCGUAGUGGAGAUUUCUAUUUUCAUGGAUCACGUAUACUGGCAGCAGUUAUUGAUAAUAUACCAUGGCAAAAUGCAGCCUAUACAGAGAAAGUUAUAUUUGCUGGUUCUAGUGCUGGAGGAAUCGGUGUACUUAUGAAUAUUGAUAGAUUAGGUAAAAAAUUAUUUAAUCGUAUUGGAUAUCCUGUAUUAGUUAGUGGAAUAAUAGAUUCAUCAUGGUUUAUUCACAUUCCUCCUUAUCAAGAAAGUAAAUGUAUUAAUGCAUUUGAAUGUCCACCAGAAGAAGGUAUUCAUCGAGGAAUGAAAUUUUGGAAUCCCAGAAUACCGAAACCAUGUCGUAAAGCUCAUCCAAAAGAAGAAAAAUGGAAAUGUUAUUUGGCACCAUUUAUGUAUCCACAUUUAAGAACUCCAGUUUAUAUUGUUCAAAGUUUAUUUGAUGAAGCACAAAUGCAAAUGUCUAAAGUCCCAUUACUUACCGGUGGAACAUAUUCAAAAUGGGUAUAUAUACAAAAUUUAGGUAAAGAAGUAGCACGUAGUCUUCAAUCAGCUGGAGGUGUAUUCGCUCCAUCAUGUCUAGAUCAUGAGAUUUUAACCAAAAAUAAUUGGGUACAUAAAAUGAUUGGAACAAUAAGUUUAGUGAAUGCAAUCAAAUCAUGGGAUAUUGAAUUAGAAAAGCAUUGGGUCAAACAAAAAUUAUUAUAUUUCUCAAUACAUUACCCUAAUGUUUUACUUAAAGCUCAACAAUGGAAUGCAAAGAAUCAUCAACAAUCUGACCUAAAAGAAAGUAUGACUACAAUCACAUCAACAACAAUUAAUCCUACAGUAACAAAUUCAACACUUAUCUUUUUAUCACGUCUUGUUAAUUUACUUAAUCAAUAUCCUAAAAGAUUUAAACGUAGCUCAAUCAACAGUUUCAUAAAUGAUGAUGAAAUAUUUAAUUUCAAUGAUUUUACUAUUCUUAAAUCUUAUCCAUAUGCAUUAACAAUGACUAGACCUAGUCAAACAAUCAAACAAUCUAAAAAGUCACGUAAACAUAUCAAUUCAAUCUUCCGACAAUCAUCAAGUUCCUCCAUGUAUCAUGUCAUUGAUUCAUGUGGAUUAUUUUCAAUCGAUGGUAUACAAGGUGCUUAUUUAUGUAAAAAUAUACCAAAUGAUGAUGCCUCAAAGAAUAACAACAAUAAGAACAAAAGUACCACACAAUCGAACUACUUUACCAAUAAUCCAUUAAAAUAUACACCAGCUAUUGAUCAUUUAAUACCACAAUGUAAUCCAACAUGUGGUUAUUUAUCUAAUCCACAACGUAUGAAAUUAGUUGAUGUAUUAGCAUUAUAUGAAGUUAAUACAGAUUUAUUAGCUAAUUUAUUAGGUUUAACUACAUCAAAGCUAAGAAGUUAUAAUUCAGAACAACAAAUGCGUGCAUUAUUUUGUGGUAAUCAUAGAGUAAAACGUGGAUUAAGUCGAUUAAUAUUACCACAACUCUCUGUAUAAUAUAAAUCUAUUACGUAAUAAGCAUUUACAUAUUAUACAUAAUCAGUAAAAGUACAGCUCUUAUUGUAUUUCAAAAGAAUGUACAUAAUCAUAUCAUUUGUUCAAUGGUUCAAUAUUCUAUGUAAAUGAAUGUACUUUGUGUUUUUUUUUGUUUUAUUGUUGUUGUUGUUGAAUACUUCUUUCAUUCUUCUUUCUACCUCUUCUCAUAAUCUUCCAGUCAUAGUAACAUAAUGAAGUUUAAUAGGUCCUUUUUGUCGGGAAGAAUUACUACAAUCUUAUGAUUCAGGAGGUACGACAAAGAUGUAUGAGUCGGGUUUCGGUCUGCCUACCUCUUCAUAAUAAUAAAGUUAUAUUAGAAAAUAUUUCAGAUGUAUACUGUUCAAUGUUCAAUGAAUGUUUAGUUUGAUUAAAUGUUCAAUAGAAAAUUCAAUGUUCAACAUUCUACCUCUCAAAAAUAUUUAUAUAUAUAUAUAUAUAUA